AUGUACUAUACCACACCUCAGCACCUCAGCAGUGGAUUGGAACUUUCUCCAUGCUAUUUUGCCUCCUUUAGGAUCCGUCGUCAUAUCGGACUAGUCGCCUACGACCUUGAGCUGCCACCAUUUUCAAAGAUUCAUUCCGUCAUUCAUGUUUCUCAGUUGAAAGCGUAUCACGGGACACAUCAACUGGCUCCUUUUUGUCCUCUUCCACCGGAUCUACAUGCAAUACAUGCGUUCAAAGACAAAUCAAUUUCUUUUUCCACAGAUCUUCAUCAAACAGUGGUACCCACAGUUCAGAACUUACCAGAUCCGGAUUUUACUUCAUUAGAAGAAGACACAGCUUCAAACGUCUAA